CUGCCUACUUCCGCCUCCGCCUCUUUGGCCAGGCCGCCCUGCGCGGCUGGAGACGGGGCGGGCGCUGGAGCCUGUAUCCCGGAAAGGCUUUCCCCGGCCGCCUCUCGCCCGCCCCUUCCCUUCCCGCCGCCCUCAGCCUCCUCGGCAGACGCCAACGGGGAGGGGGCCCUUUUCUCCGGGAGGGCGCGAAAUGGUCUUCCGGGAAGAGGCCCCCCUUCGAGCGCUAUCUUCCUAUGAUUGCUUCAGAGAUGUGAUACACAGAACAUACAGGUUUCAUGGUCAUCUUUAAGAAGUAAGGGGCAACCACUUAAAGAAUGAGGAAACUUAACGAAAAUGCUUGAAGAUCAGAACCACUGGGAAGUCUGUUGAUUGCUAUUUCCUGAGUGUCUUGAAGACAUAACAUCCAUCAGGCAUGGCGCAGGGCAGCCUGCAGCUUGAUAUGCAAGUACUCCAUGACCUACGGCAACGUUUCCCUGAGAUUCCAGAAGGCGUGGUAUCUCAGUGCAUGCUCCAGAAUAACAACAAUCUUGAUGCUUGUUGUCGAGUUCUUGCACAAGAGAGUAACAAAUACCUGUAUAUGGAGUACCAUAGCCCAGAUGACACCCGAAUGAACAAGAACCGCCUACUGCAUAUUAACCUAGGCAUUCAUCCUCAUGCCAGUUAUCAUGGAGGGGAUGGAGCUCAACUUAACGGUGGCCGUACACUGGUACACAGUUCAAGUGAUGGACAUAUUGAUCCACAACGCACAGGAGGUAAACAGCUAAUAUGUUUAGUGCAAGAACCACAUUCUGCUCCAGCCGUUGUGGCAGCUUCUCCCAACUACAAUCCAUUUUUUAUGAAUGACCAGAAUAGAAAUGCAGCUACACCUCCUCCACAACCACCUCAGCAACCUUCUUCCAUGCAACCUGGAAUGAGUACAUCUGCUAUGCAAGGCCCUCCUCCUCCUCCUACAUAUAUGCACAUACCUCGGUACAGCACAAAUCCUAUAACUGUUACAGUGUCCCAAAACCUCCCUUCUGGACAGACUGUACCCAGAGCUUUACAAAUUCUUCCCCCAAUUCCAAGCAAUCCUUAUGGGAAUCCUGGCUCUCUCUACAUAAGACAGACGUCUCAAAGUUCAUCAGGCCGACAGACUCCGACUCAAAGUGCACAGUGGCAUCAUUCAUCGCCACAAGGUCCAGUUCCACAUUACAGUCCGCAUCCACUACCUGUCUACCCACACCAACAGAAUUAUCAGCCGUCUCAGUAUUCGCCAAAACAGCCCCAGAUUCCUCAGUCCCCUUUUCGAUCGCCACCUACUUCUCAAUGUCCUUCCCCUUUUGGCUCACCUCAGCAUCAAGUUCAGCCGACCCAACUAGGCCAUCAGAGUUCCCAUGUGUUUAUGCCUCCCAGUCCUUCAGCUGUUCUACCCCAUCCAUAUCAACAAACCCCCCAAACUUAUCAAAAGCCAGGUGGACACUCAGUAUCUUAUCUCCCAUAUGGCGGACCUAGUUUAUCUAAAGGCUCAAUGAACAAGAUAGAAAUUACGGUUGAGCCACCACAAAGACCUGGGACUGCAAUGAAUAGGAGCCCUUCACCUAUAGGUAGCCAACCGUCCCAAAGGAAUCAGCAUCCACUGUAUGCACCUGGUACGCCUCCUUCCAGUUCUCCUUCCAGAAGUAUGUCAGGCCAACCAAAACCUCCCUAUAGUGUUAAUCCUGUAUAUAUAACGUACACACAGCCAACUGGAUCUCCAGGUGUACUUACACAGUCCCCCCGAGUCAUGGUAUCUCAGCCAAAUCCAGCAGUUUUUAAAAUCACUGUAGGCCGUGCACCAGCUGAGAACCUUUUAAAUUUAGUGGACCAAGAAGAGCGUUCUGCAGCACCAGAACCUAUUCAGCCCAUUUCGGUUGUACCAGGAUCUGGAGGUGAAAGAGGAAGCCAUAAGUACCAGAGGAGUUCCAGUUCUGGAUCUGAUGACUAUGCUUAUACUCAAGCCUUAUUGUUACAUCAACGUGCAAGGAUGGAGAGGUUAGCAAAAGAACUGAAGUUUGAAAAUGAGGAACUUGAGAAGCUUAAAGGUGAAGUGAAUGGCAUGGAGCAUGAUCUUAUGCAACGGCGUUUGAGAAGAGUGAGUUGCACAACCUCAAUCCCAACACCUGAGGAGAUGACCAGAUUGAGAAGUGUGAACAGACAGCUUCAGAUAAAUGUUGACUGCACUCAAAAGGAAAUUGACCUCCUUCAGUCUAGAGGGAAACUUGAUCCGAAAGCCAUGAGUAACUUUUAUGAUAAUUUAGAGCCAGGUCCUGUUGUGCCACCAAAGCCAUGUAAAAAAGACCACCAGAGCAGUUCCAAGCAAGCUCCGCGAACACAGCCAAGAGAUGAAGACUUUGAAGGAGCUCCAUGGAACUGUGACAGCUGUACGUUUUUGAACCAUCCAGCACUGAAUCGUUGCGAGCAGUGCGAGAUGCCACGGUAUGCCUGAACCCGUACUGCUUUGGAUUAAAUCCCAUCUGCUUUGGAUUGAAAAUGGGCUCUGGAGCACACAGCCAUAGAAGGAGAUGUGGGGUACCUUUCAGUCCAUCUAUCAGGCAUUUGCAAGCCAAUCAUUUUCAAAUUACAAGGGAGCUAUCCCCCCUUCCAUUCAUGCUGCACUAAAGAUUAGUUCGGGGGGGAAAUACUCUUAUCCUACUGUGGUUAGCAAGACUGAAAGGACAUCCUAUAUCCAAAACAGAUCUGCUCUGUGAAGAAUGUAUACAGGAAAGCAGGUGAUUGCUGCUGUUCUAGCCCUUAUAAUUACAUUUGCUGGUAGUAGCUGUUAUAUAUAUAUUUUUUAUAAGCAUUGAACCUUGUGGUGUGAAGUGUUACAGAUAUCCAGACAAACUGUGAAGAACCAGAGCUGUUAAUCUGGUCACAGCAAGCUGGGAAACAAAAGCGCCCUGUGCUUCCAGAUUGUAAACUACUGAAGGGGGGGGGGGUAUCAAAGAGCAAAAAAGGGGGGUAUUCAAAAAUGCUGCUUUUUCAGGGUAAUUUAAGUCUAAAUAAUUGCUGUUUUGAAAUUGUGAAUCAUGGUGAGGAGGGAGAAGUACUGUAUGAGCCUUAUUUAUCUAGUACAAUCAGAGGUGAUUUUACAAUCCCUUUUGCUUGUACAGCGCUCACCAAGACUUGUUAACACUGGUAACUAAGUAAUUAUACCAUAUAACAGGUAUGCAUGCUUUUAUUAGGCCUUUGUGUUUUAAAGCUAAAAGUAAAGUAUGCUUUUAUAAACAACGUUCCCUUAAAACUGUGCUUGACAGUAGAGCGAACGUAUGCCAAAUGCAGAACUAUUCCAAAUUCUCUUUGGAAAACUUGAGCUCAUCCAUCAUUAUGUAUGAGAAGUGUUUGCACCCUGUUCCUUAGGCCUUUCAGCUUCCAAUUAUGUGAAGAAUCCAUGAUGUUUACAGCACAGAUGGUACUUUGUGCCCCCAUUCUGAUUUAGCUGAAAUAUUUGCUUAUCAACAAAGGUUUAUUUGCACAUUGUUAAUAAACCGGCCUGCAUUAACUGGUAUGAGUGGCAGAUCUUGAAAUGCAUUUUUUAUUUCAAAUUUGGUCAAUGGAUGGAUGCCAAAAACACACAAAAUGUGAUUACAUACAUACAUUUAUGCAUCUGGUUAUGAUAAAGAUGAUGUUGGGUUUAUUUGAGUGCUUCAGGUUGCUGAAAUAAAGUUCUAAUUUUGUAAAGUCUUGUAGGUUUUGAAAUUGAGAGUCAUUUUAAAAUAAAACCAUGCAAGAGCAGUCACAAUUGUUUUCUCCCCUCUAAUAAUGGUAUGUUUAAUUUCUUAUACAUUUAAAUCAUACUGCUGCAAAACCUUGUAACAUUUGCAAGAAGGAAUGUUUCACAUCUUGCCCAUGUAGAUGUUUUUGUCAUCAGUUGGUAUGCACAAGUGAUAGAUGUUUGUUGUUCAAAGUGGAAUUUAUUGGGUGUGAUGCUGACAUACAAGUUUAAAUCUUUCUGAAGCAAUACAGCAUCAAGGAGCACAAUGAUAUGAAAGUAAUCGGUAUUGAGAUUGUCUUUAAUUCUACAUCAUUACAAAUGUGACUUUUGAAUGUCCAAGGAAAGUUUUGAGAAUUCUGCUGCCCCUCCUUCCGAGUUAAAAUAUCAGGUUAUAUUUUCCCUUUAUAAUAUGGGAAAACAAAGCAAUGAAGUAUUUCAUUGUUUUGUUUCUCACGAUUCAGUUACUUAAUAUUUUGUUUGCAGUAGCUCAGUGGCAAUUGUUAUAUUUUCAUAUUGAUGCAUUUGCCCCUUUUUAGCAGGUUCUGUUUGGCACUUCUUUCUGCUGCCAUUGCAAAUAAAUCAUAGUAAUUAACUAAAGAGUAGAAGUGUGUUUGAAAGGUAUGCACCAUUUUUUCACAUUAACAUGGCUGAGGGAUUUUGGUUGGGGAGGGGAUAUUUACAAGUAUUGCAUGCAACCUAUCAAGUGUGGCGGCAUUUCAUCUUAUUUGUGUGUGCUUUCUGGAGUCUGGCAGCAUAAUCCGAAUUCCUGUAAGGCCUUUGGUCUAUGCAUGUAGCACUGGACAUAGAUGCCUGCCCAUUUUCAUACUGUGAGGGAGGACUACUCAUCACAUGAGAAUUGCUCCACUAUGUGUCCACAAUGUCCACUGAUUCAUAGAGGACAACAGGACAGACAAAAAAGUAUUCAAGUACUGACUGCUGGAUCUGUAAAGUCAUUCUUAUGGAGACCCAUUUCCCUUUUACUCUCAGUUUAGUUGGCAGAGUAGAAGACAAAAUCACACACUUUGUGGUGGGAAAAACAGUAGGUAGUAGUCAUGUUGUUUCAAAGGAAAAAGAAAUGUCAGUUACUGAUAUUUGUUAUUUGUGCAAAAACUGUUGUAUAUGUUUACUUGUAAAUAUCCUUUCAUGCUGUAAUAUUGAUGAUAGCAGUGGAGUUAAUUUUAUUCGUAUGAGUUGUGUAUGAAUAUUAGAUAUCAACUUACACUUGGAAGCCACGUGGGAAUAGAUGGUCCCAGCCAAAGUGGGUUUAGGAUAUGCCAGAGUAAACAUUCAUUGCAUAUAAAGUUCCAUUCAUACAUUAACUCCUUAUAUCGCUUGACAAUAGAAAAUGCACUGCGAUGUAUUCAACUUUGGAAUGUGCACAUCUUAGUGGUGGGAUUUUGAGGCCAUCAUGAUUUUUAAAAAUGCACUACUUUGUAAUAAUUGCUGACCUUUUCCCUGCCCAUUGUACUUGAGUGACCUGUUUCGAUGCUCUCGAAAACAAUUGUGUUUAUAAAUGCCUAUUUUAUAUUUAACCACUGUUAAGAUGCUCCCCUUUCCCAUAUAAAAUACAAAGUCCCCUCUAAGAUCUAGUAAAUAGAAUAGCUUGUAGAAGAUUGGAAUAUAGAAAACCAAAAUAAAAUCUAGUUCUUGCAUAAACGAUUGAACCUCCAAGCUAGCUUGUUUGUGUAGGGAGGGGAUAAGAAGUAAGAGGAAUUGUUUGUGAAAUAGAUCAAAUGGAGAAGUGUGCUUGUGUGUCUGUGGUAUGUAUGUAUUUUUCCUUAUGGAAAUGUAUGACACAAGUAUAAUUUUUAAAGAGCUGGUCUCAGUCACACAACAAGGUUGUUUUCUCUCAAUUUCUGUAUGUUCCAGUUAUGUGCUCUUCUUUCAUCACCCUCAUCUGUUCAUUUAUAAACUUAUUUACAAUGAAAUUAUGGGAUAAAAUCAAACAUGAAAAGAUUAAAUAAGUUUAUUAAUGGGAUUGUUUCCUUGAGUUUGCAGGCUUUUAACUCAAGAAAAAAGUUAGCAUAGCUUGAAAUGUGGAAUCAGUUUACAAUCUAGUUUGUUGCAGCCAGAUGGGCUCUCAUUUCCUCUGUUAUCUGCUAAGAUGCAAUGAAUUACAGAGAUGACAAUGUACACAGAAAUAAAUGCACAUUAUAGUCAA